AUGGCAGGUGAGUCCACCAAUGUGCCAGCGAAGCGGAAGAUGUCCGACCUCUCCGAGUCCACUGCGGAGGAUCUCGAUUUCUGCGAGUAUGUUGUGGACACGCAGCCGCUGCAGAUGCGGUGCCCAAUCUGCUUGGAGGUGCGGCACGGCACUGCCGGCGACUUCGACCACAACCAGCGGUGGAUCGUGUUGCAGUGCUGCGAGGAUGCCGUGUGCCGACAAUGCUUGCGGCAGCACCUGCAGAUCAACGGCAACUCCUGCCCUUUGAAUGCGUCUCAUCGGCUGGUGGACAUGGAUGUCAUCGCUGGGUGCUGCGAGCCCAAGGAGUGGGUGAAACUGGAGCAGCGGAGAAGAUACCAAGAAGCCGGCGGCAGAGGCUUCUGCUGCACGGGGGACUGUGCCUCGGUGAUGCCGGCCUGCCCACCGCUGCCGCCGUGGAACAGCCAGCCCUUUCCUGCGCCGUGCCCAGGUUGCCAACUGGCGCACUGCGGCAGGUGUGGCAGCCCAUGGCCGGACUCCCUGCUGGAGCGCCACCUCUGCGAGGAUCUGCGACACUCCGCCCUGCGCGACGUGCAGAGCCGUGUGGCAGCCGAGAGGCUAGUUGCGCCGAUGCUCGACACGCUGAGCCAUGCGCUGGUUACGGGCACCUCCUGGAACUGGGUCUCUGCCACUGUCCAAACCUUGGCUGCAGAGACAGCCAGGGCACGUCUGAACGGCGUUGGGCUUAGCCAAGAAGGUACAGACCUUCUGAUGGACAGCUUCCCCGCGCCGGUGGCCGUGGAUGCGCAAGGUGCCUCCGAGCUGCGGCUCUUGCAGAUGUUGCAGGAGUACCGGGCCGAGCGCAGGCAGGGCCAGGAAGGCGAAGAUGUCGACUGGUUAACGGCCAUGCAGCACGAGGGUGAACGCAUUGCCUUUCUGCGACGCGGGCGGCGUCACACCGCCACGUUGCGGCAGCUGGAGACUUUGAACACUCAGCGCAGACAGGACGGCGUGGGGCCGAUCAAGGACUGCCCGUCGUGUCAGCAUCCCACCGAGCGCAUCGACGGGUGCAACAUCAUGACCUGCAGCGUUUGCAAGGCGGAGUGGUGCUUUAUUUGUGCGCGCUGCAAAGGCGGUCCGUCGGGGUGCAACCACUACCACUGCCAGUUUGCAGAGGAGGAGGCAAACCGAGCGCAAGGCGAGGCAUCGUCCUCGACGGUGCCAGUUUCGACCCAGGCGUGAGUUGUGAGAGCUUCCGACCCUGCAUUGCAAUGCCCCUCCGCAUGCGGAGAGGUGUAGAUCUUUUUUGCGAGGCGCCUGUGGCAGAGGGAACGGACCCACACUUUGU